UGACGACAUAUCCCGACGGUGACGCUGCCUGGCUGCAAGUGUUUGUGAUUUCUUUGAGCUGGUUAGCUGCAAGUCAACGUUAAUGCGGGUGCAAAAACCAGGAAACCUGACCGGCAUCAUACCGUCGACGCUGAUGCGGCUGCAGAGCUGGCUAAGGAGUGAACGUUAUGCGGGGCCCUGAGGAGCGGGGGGCGGGGCACCAGGCCGGGGCCCCGCGGCUGUGAGGCUUUGCGGCUUCGCGGGAAAUGCGCUGGGCUCUGGCCCUCUAAUCCGGCCCCGGGGCAGCUGACUGAUCCGGAGCCAGGCGGCAGGCUCGGCGGGGAGAGCGAGCGAGAGAGAGAGAGAGAGAGGGGGCGGGCGAGGGAGCGAGCGAGCAAGGGCAGAGAGGCGGGGCCUGUGGAAGGGGGCGGGGAGCUCAAGGAGCAGCGGGAGAGAGGCCUGGCCCUAGCGCCCCCCCCCCCACCCCCGCCGUGACCGCCAGGCCCCCGGGCCGCGCAGACAUGUCCGCCGGGGGGGAGCCCGACGCCGACCACCCCCGCUUCUUCGUCGGGUGCGAUGACGGUGAGGGCGACGAGCUGCUGGACCCGGGGAGGAUCAUGGGAUACGACUGCCGCUACGAGAACGUGGAGGAGGAGGAGGAGGAAGAUGAUGACGACGACGACGAUGAAGAAUACGACUCCCCCCCCGAGCGGCAGAUCGUGGUGGGCAUCUGCGCCAUGUCCAAGAAGUCCCAGUCCAAGCCGAUGAAGGAGAUCCUGGAGAGGCUGUGCCUGUUCAAGUACAUCACGGUGGUGCUGUUCGAGGAGGACGUCAUCCUUAACGAACCCGUGGAGAACUGGCCCCUCUGCGACUGCCUCAUCUCCUUCCACUCCAAAGGGUUUCCUCUGGACAAAGCGGUGGCCUAUGAGAAGCUGAGGGGCCCCUUCGUCAUUAACGACCUGGACCUGCAGUACUGCAUCCAGGACAGGAGGGAGGUGUACCGUACCCUGAAGGCGGCGGGGAUCCAGCUACCGCGAUACGCCGUUCUGAACCGCGACCCGGCUCGGCCCGAAGAGUGUAACCUGGUGGAGGGGGAGGACCACGUGGAGGUGAACGGGGAGGCGUUCCAGAAGCCGUUUGUGGAGAAGCCGGUCAGCGCAGAGGACCACAACGUCUACAUCUACUACCCCACCUCCGCCGGGGGGGGCAGCCAGAGGCUGUUCCGCAAGAUCGGGAGCAGAAGCAGCGUCUACUCUCCGGAGAGCAACGUUCGCAAAACGGGCUCCUACAUUUACGAGGAGUUCAUGCCCACGGACGGGACGGACGUAAAGGUGUACACGGUGGGCCCGGACUACGCCCACGCGGAGGCGCGCAAGUCCCCCGCCCUGGACGGGAAGGUGGAGCGGGACAGCGAGGGGAAAGAGGUGCGGUACCCCGUCAUCCUCAACGCCAGGGAGAAGCUCAUCGCCUGGAAGGUCUGCCUGGCCUUCAAGCAAACGGUUUGUGGGUUCGACCUGCUGCGAGCCAACGGACAGUCCUACGUCUGCGACGUCAACGGCUUCAGCUUCGUGAAGAACUCCAUGAAGUACUACGAUGACUGCGCAAAGAUCCUGGGGAACAUCAUAAUGCGCGAGCUGGCUCCCCAGUUCCAGAUCCCCUGGUCCAUCCCGCUGGAGGCUGAGGACAUCCCCAUCGUCCCCACCACCUCCGGCACCAUGAUGGAACUGCGGUGUGUGAUCGCCGUGAUUCGCCAUGGCGACCGAACCCCCAAACAGAAGAUGAAAAUGGAAGUUCGACAUCAGAGGUUUUUUGAUCUGUUUGAAAAGUGUGAUGGGUACAAAAGUCGAAAACUAAAACUGAAAAAGCCAAAGCAACUACAGGAAGUCCUGGACAUUGCGAGACAACUUCUGGCAGAACUUGGACAGAACAAUGACUCGGAAAUAGAGGAAAGCAAAGCCAAACUGGAACAACUCAAAACCGUUCUAGAAAUGUAUGGGCAUUUUUCCGGCAUUAAUCGCAAGGUUCAGUUGACUUACCUUCCGCACGGUUGCCCAAAAACAUCAAGCGAGGAAGAAGACGUGCGACGGGACGACCCCUCCCUCUUGCUGGUGCUGAAGUGGGGGGGGGAGCUGACCCCCGCCGGGCGGGUACAGGCGGAAGAGCUGGGCCGGGCGUUCAGGUGUAUGUACCCUGGGGGCCAAGGUGACUACGCAGGGUUCCCCGGCUGCGGCUUGCUGCGACUGCACAGCACCUACCGGCACGACCUGAAGAUCUACGCGUCCGACGAGGGGAGAGUGCAGAUGACGGCUGCGGCCUUCGCCAAGGUCAGUGACCAGCGCCGCGAAGAGCCCCCGCGUUCAGAGGGGGGAGAUACAGUGCGCUGCUGGCGUGGAGGCGAGCUGACGCAUCCUGGUGAUGGUGAAGAGCGCCACAUGAACGGGCUGCGGGCAGCCAGCGACGCUGCUGCGCGCGAGGUGAGCAGCGGUACAGCCCGCGCCUACCACGGCCCAUCCGCCUACCGACCGCCGUACCGCCUGUACUCGCAAGGUCACGCCGCGUACCGCCACCUGCCUACCGCCGUACCCCUGUACCGCCAUACCCCUGUACCGCCGUACCGCCAUACCCCCGUACCGCCAUACCCCUGUACCGCCAUCGUCCCCGUACCGCCCCGCCAUCCCCGUACCGCCAUCCGCCAUACCCUUGGAUUACUGGUGUGUUCACCGGCCUCUGUUUCCCGCACACAGCUGGCUCCCACCACCAGCACGUCGCUGGUGAAGUCCAUGCAGAUGAUCAAGAACCCGGUGAAGACGUGCGACAAGGUGUACUCCCUGAUCCAGAACCUGACCCAGCAGAUCCGCCAGAGGAUGGAGGACCCCAAGUCCGCGGAUAUCCAGCUGUACCACAGCGAGACGCUGGAGCUGAUGCUUCGGCGCUGGUCCAAGCUGGAGAAGGACUUCAAGAUGAAGAACGGGCGCUACAACAUCAGCAAGAUCCCCGACAUCUACGACUGCAUCAAGUACGACGUGCAGCACAACGGCUCGCUGAAGCUGGACCACACCAUGGAGAUCUACCGGCUGUCCAAGGCGCUGGCCGACAUCGUCAUCCCGCAGGAGUAUGGCAUCUCCCAGCCGGAGAAGCUGGACAUCGCCAAAGGCUACUGUACGCCGCUGAUCCGGAAGAUCCGCUCGGACCUGCAGAGGACGCAGGACGACGACACCGUGAACAAGCUUCACCCCGUGUAUUCCAGCGGCGUGAUGUCACCGGAGCGACACGUGCGGACCAGGCUGUACUUCACCAGCGAGAGUCACGUCCACUCCCUGCUCUCCAUCCUACGCUACGGGUCCCUGUGUGAUGAGACCAAGGAUGACCAGUGGAAGAGGGCUAUGGACUAUCUGAAGGUGGUCAGCGAGCUGAACUACAUGACCCAGAUCGUCAUCAUGCUGUACGAGGACCCGAAUAAGGACCCCUCGUCGGAGGAGCGCUUCCACGUGGAGCUGCACUUCAGCCCCGGGGCCAAAGGGUGCGAGGACGACCGGAACCUGCCCUCUGGGUUCGGCUACCGGCCCGCGUCCCGCGAGAACGAAGGCUCAAAGAAAAAGUCCCAGAACGACAGCGAUGAGGAGUCGGCGAAACGGGACGAGCCGGACCGGGCCCUCAUGAUGUUCAGGCCUCUGGUUUCCGACCCCAUCUACAUCCACAGGAAGUCGCCUCUGCCUCGAUCUAAAAAGAUCGGUUCUGUGGAGGAAGAAAGCCCCCUGAGUGUGUCUAGCCCUGACUCUAUUGGUACCUGGAUUCAUUACACCUGUGGUGUUGGUACUGGGCGUCGAAGACGCAGAUCAGGGGACCAAAUAACUUCCUCCCCCGUCUCCCCCAAAUCACUGGCUUUCACUUCCAGUAUUUUUGGCUCAUGGCAACAGGUUUUGUCGGAGAACAACAGCCACGCUCGCGCUGGCAGGCUCAUCUCGGAACACAAGCUCACCACAGGAAUCGGCCCUCAUUGCGCGGGGCUCUUCAGCACCAUGGUGCUCGGCGCCUCCUCCAGCGCCCCUAACCUGCAGGAUUACGCUCGCGCGCACCGUAAAAAGCUCACCUCCUCCGGCUUCCUGGAGGAGACCACCCGUGGUUCUGCUGUAAAAAGAUUUUCUAUCUCAUUUGCUCGACACCCGACCAAUGUGUUUUCCAGUUUGUUCUGUGGUUUUGAGCUGUACUCCAUGGUCCCGUCGAUCUGCCCCCUGGAGACCCUGCACAACUCGCUCUCGCUGAAGCAGGUCGACGACUUCCUGGCUUCCGUGGCGAUGUCUCACGAGGCCAUCGUGGACACGCCCACAUCCUCCCCAGCUUCAAACUUGUGCUGCAGUCCCAUUCCACUGAAGAAGCCCCCUUUGAACACGUACACUCCCGCAAAAGUGCUUCCUUGCCCGUUCACCUCGAGCAAGAAAACGCUAGAAAGAGCUGUGACCGUGUGUGGCGGGUCACCCAACAGAUCGCCGAGGGGGGGUCUGGCCACGCCCCCCAGGGAGGACGAACCGACGCAGGUGCCGUCCCCAAAAUGCACCCUGGAGGAGAAAGCUGUCCUGGAGCCCCCCGGCGUGGAGUCCGAACCCCCAGCUGGGACCUCCUCCCCCACCCUGCAACCUCCACCUCACGAUACCCCCAACCUACCCCCGUCUGACGACACCCACAGUGGCAAGGCGCCCCCUCAGCGCCACCCUUGUGAUACCCCUGCCGAUAAAGCCCCCCAGCAGUGCUUCUCUCCUGCCCCUCCCAGUGAGAAAUCGCCCUCGCCUGGCCCGUCCCAUGAUUCCCCUGUUGGGACGCCCCCUCGCGAUACCUCAGGAGACAGAGGGUCCGAGCGGACCGCACCCCACGACAUGGCUGCUGACAGAACUCCCCCAAAACCCUCUCUCCUUGGUCCCCAUGGAGACGAAGCGCGGCAUUAGCCCCCGCCCCCCUACCCCAACCCCCCCCCCAAAAAAAGCCGAGGGUAGGACGCAUAAUGUACUGUCACACGCACAGGCUGCGUGAAACAAAAUAAAUAAAACUGCUGUCCUUAGUAGUCAUUCGUUUUCUGAAAAUUAGUCCGCCGUUCGAGCGUCCGUCGAGGCGUCGAUCACGAAGAAUGAAGGCUGAAUUCCCAAGACUCCACCCUGAUCAUGCGUCACAUGUUUAAAAAUAAAUUAAUUAAUUAAAAAUAAUAAAGAGGGUUCUGAAGGGCAAAGCUCCCAACUGACAUUAUGAGACAAAAUUAACUGUUACGGAUCAGUCGAAUGUUACUGGUUGACGGGUUCCACUCACGUCACUUACUCAUUGGCUUUCACAACGAUAUUUGAACUUUAUAUAUAAUGCAUCAGACAUUAGUGUUUUGCACAUCGGACUUUUGUUACUUUAACUGUGUAAAAAAACAUAUAUAUAUAUGGGGUUUGAUGGUACCUGAAGUAUUUUAUUAUACAAAGAGGUGUACAGUAGUUCUGUAAGCAUAGCAAUUUCAAGUACUGCGUCUGUUCGUAUAAACAAGCGACCAUAAAUCACCAAAGAUGUUCUUGAGAGGUACCAGUGUCUGUAUUAUGUUGAUUGUCCGUCUCUGUAUUGUUUGUUCGGUAAGCUCCCAUGUCUUAGGAGGUGUUGAACAGUCGUAAGACAUGGGUCCUCAAAGAGCCAAACUAAUGGCCAGAAUACCAAUUUUGAAAGACCAGAUGGUUGACCAGUGACCAUUGAAAUGUCACUUCAGUUAGUAAAGGAAUUUAAGAUUGUGAACCGUAUUUAAUUUGCCUUACAAGCACAUCGCUAAUCGUAUUUCUUUCAUUUUUUUUAUCCAUUGUGAUUGAAAAGAUUGUUGUACAUAUUCUGUAUUGGCUACACUGGACAUCCUGACCUGUAAAUAUUUUAAACUCAUGAAUCUCAUCGUGGUAAUAUUGACCAUCUUAAACCUGAUCUGCAAAUGGUUUUCAACGCUAUGUUUUGCAGUUGUAAGGUGCCCAUGUAAAAACCAACGCACCCCUGGAGUUUUUAAGGAAUGUAAUAUUAGUUUUCAGAAUUAAAAUAAAACAUGAAAAAGUCA